AUGGCACAGAGUUUUUCUUCUCCUAUUUUCAACAGAUUUGAAACAGCUCUUCGUCAGAAAAACAAAAAAGUGACUAUACCAUAUUGGGAUUCCCUAUUAGACAACUACAUGGACAACGACCCGACUCCUUCAGAGUCUGUUGUUUUUACAGAAGAAUUUUUGGGUAAUGGUAAAGGUAUUGUGCGAACAGGUCCAUUCAAAUUUUGGAAAGAUGUCAAUAACUGCACACUUCAGAGAAGUCUGAAUUUCAAUAACUCCGAAACUUUAAUGACACACAACACUAUCGAUACGAUAAAGAAUGACUUGUCUGUACAUAACAUGAAACAAAUAAUUUAUAACAAGGAUAACAAUACCCACACAUUGGAAGGACAACAUAAUAUUGUUCACGAUUGGGUGGGUGGUAUGAUGUCCAUUUUGGACUAUUCUCCUCGUGAUCCUGUCUUUUUUCUCCACCAUGCUUACAUCGACUAUAUAUGGACCAAAUUUAUUCAGAAACAAACGGCUAUGAACAUUGAAGAAGAAUAUGAAAUUGUUGGGGAUGACAUUAAACGUCACCAUCCUAACCGCACAAUGGACUGUUUCUAUUGGAUGACAAAUGCAGACGGUCUAAAAGCACGUCUUGCAUCAAAUGUUCGCUACGAAGAUUCGCCUGCAUGUCCAGACUGUGGUCAUUCUAAAUACCUGAAAUGUCACAAGUCUCUCAACAGAUGUGUUCCAGGUGAUAAAUUUACAAGAGCUGGAAUAGAUGGUAUCCACAGUGCAUUGUUCACUCCCAUGUUGUUUUCUUUAGUUUAUUUCACUACCUCAAUAAUGUCAAUAUAA